AUGUCUAAAGGGGAGCGCUCUGGGAAGAGGAGCAUACCGCGCCGACUUUUAUCCUUUGACUCUGCGAGGACCCUUGACACCAACCCAGCUGGACCUCCCGUGGAUAGUGUACCACCAACGUGGACGAACGUGGGUUUGACGGAAUCACCCCAGGACGAAGAUACACCCCAACUCAAUAAGCCGGAAACCAAGGCAGCAAGCAAGGCCAGGAUAAGGAAGCUGCCAUCUCUACCACUGCGACCCGGAACACCAGAGUCUGCGAAUCUGCCUGCUUCCCCAUCGGUCGCUCGUUGGGAGACGCUGCGACGCCAUGUUGUUCAAACGACACCAACGGAGGGCCGCCCUCAGUCACCGCAACCGAGCGUCAUAUCCUCUACGUCUACUGUCGUCCCCCCGCGCUCUGCAACACCGAAGCCUUCGCGGUUCGCUCGCCUCGGAUUCAGGCAGGUGGUCGACCAGGCGAGAGAAGUAGCGGUGGACGACACGCGCAGACUCGCGCAGGACAUCCAGAAAGCUUGCUUGGUCGCACACUAUGGGGACCAAGCGACUAGCAAGCGCGAACCCUUCUCUGCCGCAAGCUCUACGCUCCAUCUUCCCUUCAUGAUGAAUUACUCGCACUCUCUGCCAUCGUCAUCGAACCCCAGCGUCGUCAACCUCAAUCUGACCAAGGGAAAAGAACUUCGCAGGCCCAUGUCAAUACAGUCGCUAUCUACCGCCGGUCGCGCCGUUCCUUCUGUUAAACCGCUUCACCAACUGCUCGUCCAUGUCAAUCCCGUAAAUCCGCUGCCCCGCGAGAACAUGGUGAUUUCCGCGCUUCUGACUCCGUUUCUAGCGCAGGAGGCUAGUUCCCGGACCUUGGAAGAACGCAAGGUCGCUAUCGACGUCUUCGAGCUGAUUCUCAAGGGGUGGGACCCUUCUGACCAAUCUGCUGCCCUCGAACGGUGUCUAUGGUGCUGCAAAGCUGCAUUACAACCCUCCGUCAGUCGCCGUCAAAUCAUAAGCCUGUUGCGACGGAUGUUACCACACGAGCCUUCGUAUGUGCCGAAAACGGCGCAGGCCUUCGUUUGCAUUAUCGAGGCUAUAUUCUCGCUCCUUCCGACGUAUCACGCUUCUCCGUUCGCCGAUCCUGCGGCGGAGGACACGCUAUUGCUCCAAGAAAUUGUAUUUGGGCUAUCGAGUAAUCUACAGUUGGAUUUAAAAUCUGUCGAAGAGGAGUAUAAGGCGUUGUCCAGUUCGAAAGAGAAGAUCGGGCAGGCUUUAGUUGUUGAGGCGCUCGCAAGGUGUCUUGAGCGCAGUAGUUCGUCGAACCAAAGAUGGAUCCUUGUUCAUUUAUUCAAGGAGUAUUGGGAACCUUCCAAAGAGGAUGUCCAGUUCCAGCCGCUGACUGGUUCUAUCCGCGCACGCGCCAUCCGCUCAUUCUGCCAUGCAACCCUUGCCUUGUUGAAGAAGACGGCCGAGCACGCCAUACGCGUAUCAGACAGCCGGCUUGUCGUCCAAAUCCUGCGGACGAGAGUCCUCACUGAGGUUCAGGCUCUUGACGGGCCAGGGUCACAUUAUGCGAAGGAGGCGGUUUGUCACCUGAUUCUAGAGGUCAUGAUGUUGGAGGAUUCCUCAGAGACUUCGCAAUGGAGUGUGGGUGUUGUCUCACGCUGGUACCGUGGAUCGUCGGACAUGGUUGGGAGCUUCGAGAACUUAUUGAGGCGGGUUUCUGUAGAGCAAGAAUGGCGGGAUGUGCUUCGCUGGCUCUCGCGUCUCCUUGAAGUGCUACCUCAUGAUGUCUGCCAGAAGUUCCUUCUCUCGAUGAUACCCUCCUUCAACGAGCAUUUGGCGGACAACACGCCGCCUUCGCCCAACCUGGUGCUAACUACUCUGCUGCAACAAUUGGCCUCCGUAUUCCCUCGCAUCUUCUACAAGCCCUUUUUCUCUUGCGCCGCUUCCAACAAGGACGUGGUGGUUUUGAACCACCUGCGUGUACUCACGGCCAUCUCCAAGUUCCUCCCAGACCUUUGGAUGCGUGAUGCGGAGAUGGUAGCGGUUGCGUUACUGAGCGAUCCCGGUGCGAAGGCCAAUAACGGGACUACAGCUACUCCUGCUUGGGGCGUUCCUCGGCUAGGCCAAUCAGUAAUCCUCAUGGAAAUCAUUUCUAGUUUACAAACGGUGAGACACCGAAAGGAAGGGGCUCCGUCUGCCGACCAUGCGCUAGUCGACGCCGUGAAGUUCGCCUUGUCGCUCGAGGCUCGGUUGGCAGCCGGGCUAGACGUGAAGGAACAAACACUGUUGGUUCCGGCCUUCCAUCGAUCGCUAUACUGCGUCCUCUUCAGAGAAAUACGCCUACUCACGAAGUCCCUGAAGCCUGCCCCUUGGUUAUCACGAACGAUCACUUGGUUUGUUGACGCCCACGGUGACGAAGACAACGCCGGAAGAGAUCGUUUCAAUGACGAGAUCCAUGUUUGUGUUGAUCAGGUCAGUGUAGUCUACGAGCUUGCGCAGGAGAGCUCUCAGUCAGGGAAUCAGCGCAGAAGCACGUUGUUGUUGUCUCCCACGACCAAAGAUACAUUUGGUGGAGUGUCUACUACCGCGGAAGGGGGAAUAGCUUCACUAUUGGAGAAGAAGAAACCCUUGCUGGAGUCAUUGGCUAAGGGAUUUACCCCUAAGGUGCUGAAGCUUCUCGUAGCAGUGUCCGCUCUGUUGUCUGGAGACGAUCUUCGGUGUAUCUCUCGUAUCCUAUGGGUCGGCCAUCUGGAGGACGAUCAGCGGACCAUAGCACCUGCCUGUUUUCUUAUCAUGCAAUGCGCCGAAAAGGAACCGUUGGAAAUCUCAGCUACCGUUGAAGUGGACCUUCGCAGGCUCCUCGGUGCCAUACGCAAACUCAGUAUCCUUUCCCACUGGCGCUUCCAGCUCCUGUCGCAGCGGAUCAAUACCGACCGGGCCCAUCGACCUUUCAAGCUGGCGCGUGGUCCUCUUCCUUUCAUCGGGACCGACAUGGGCUCUAGCCAGUUUGAGGUGCAGGAAGAUCCCAACGAGUUGAAGGACAAGCUACCGCUAGAGUUGCGAAAACAGCUAGCUGAAAUUGGCUGGGCUUCCGAAGACGACGAGGUUGACCAACGGAUGCAGCUCAUAAAGACUCCGCUAUCCAUUCUGCCGUCGCACUACAUCGAUCGUCUUGACGUUAUGCAGGAACAAUUGCCAGCGUCCCCUUCAUCGCCUAGCCUAAGUCCAGGUUCUUCUCCCGGCUUGUCUCCUGUUGACAAGUCGGACGAAGGCGGGCUGCUUCGACGGAAUUCUAGCACCGGGGGUCCGCUUUAUGGCGUCAAGCGCAAAGCCGUUUUCGUACCUGCCCUGGCGUCGCUCAUACCCCGACUUGCGCUUGUAGUCCACGAUCCCGAUCUGAAUGUUGUCAGCGCUGCCCGAGGUCUUCUAAUGGACUUCAUGCGAAAUGACCCAGGGCUUCUCAUUCGACCAAUCCUCGACAUGCUCUCUGGAGAUCAGAAAGAUACCUCAGCGGCCGUCUCUUGCAUGCAGGCACUGCUUCAUCUCCGCAACAUACUCCCACCCCCUGCAACUCAUCAUCUCUUCAACCACUUGGUCGGUUUCCUAAAGUUCGUUUCGCGGCAAGCGGCGGAUGCUCCGGAUGCUCUGCAUGACUACGCCUACGUGGUUUCCGUCAUAUCUACUCUGGCGCCCCAGGUCCAUAGCCUCGCCAUACGUGAUUUUCGUCGAGCCAAAGUAGAGACCCUACUAGUUCCGACAGGCCACUUGUGGUUCCCUCCCUCGGCUCCCUCAGCCACACUAUUUCCUCGCUCCAUAAGAGAAACCAGAAAUCCCUUCGAGGAUAAACUGUCCUCAGCUGUUGGUGGCUUAGUCUAUAUCACAAUGGUCCGCGUUUCGCAGAACCUCCUGUACUUGGAGAUGCUCAAGAAAAACCCACAAGAUGUCCAGCAUAUUCGAAAGAACAUUACCCGAAUAGCUCUACCGUCCAUGGACGAAUACCCUGAUGUGUUUCCACUUGAACUCAAAGACUAUUUCCCUUCCAAGGAACGCCCGCCCGGACGCAAAGUCCCUCCAGCCACCAAAACAUUACUGACCAAUCUCUCGCUCAUGUUAUCCCGUAGUUACCUCCUCCUGAUAGCGCAAGUAUUCCGCUCGCUUCCUCGCACCCUCAGUGAUCGAAGUGACCUCUCUGUCCUUGUUGAUGGUUUGAACCGAGUGCUACUGAAGCACGGCGAUGAUAUAGGUAUAGUUGGACAUGCGAUGAUUGCCCUCAUGGUUGCUAGUACUCGAUUCAGGCGUUUGUUCGUUUCUGGAGGGUAUAUCUUGUUCAUGCCAGCGGUAAUCAAGGUCUAUGUCCAAGCCGAAGGUCACCAAGGUAUUCGAUCCGCAAUUGAAUACGCCACCAACCGAUUCCAUGCACUUCAUCAAGAAGCCUUUGUUUUCCAAAGCUUGGAAGCUGCGGCACAUUUGAUGAAAUCGCCAACAAUUGACUGUGAAUGGUUCGCUCAAGGCAUCUUUACCCUGUUCUCGAGCUUGAAGCGGGCAUCCUCGGCUGCGUUCAACGACGCAGCAGGCAUACACGAUGCCAACAAGGUGCAAGAACGGGAAGCCCUUCUCAUGAAGACGGCGGAGGAACAACCACAGGCUAUCUUCAAAUUUCUUCGCCCCGACGCUUCCAAAGGGCGUACCUCGAUAGACGAUGCCCUUCCGGAGGAAUAUGAAGCAAAGCCGAUGUCUGUGGAUAACUUUGUUCGGUUAUUGCUCACGGUCAUUGCCCACGACCCAGCAACUAUGCGCGCAGAAUUAUUCCUCCAUUUAUUUCGCUUCCUCGUUGGACAUUUUUAUCAUGCAUCGUCCUCAGCCAGAAAUGUCCUCAGCGAAGGCGUAUUGGCCCUCCCGAUGCUCCUCUUACGCGCGCAAAGUAAAUCAAAAAACGUUGAUCCCGCUAAUGUGGAUCAUAGUGCCGACAAUGUGACCCUCCACUCACUGUCAUCGGAGUCAUUCUUCCGAAACGAGUUGUUUGAUAAAUCCAAAUCACCAAGUGAUGUUUUUGCCAUGCGUCAAGACUACCUUCAAUUGAUCGUUUCCUACUGUCGCUCCGGCGGUGAUCCUGGGCGUUCGAUGGCGUUCGUCUUUGGAAUGGUUGAUCAAAUGUUGAAAGACACAAGUCUGGCGAGUCGGUCGUACGUUGCAACCUUUCUAUCUGACUUCACACGCGCCGCCCUACUCCGCGAUCCUCCCGUACCCAUUCACCACGCCACCGCUUUCCUCCAAAGUCUACAGCCGGUUAUUGCUUUGCAUGCUGGCUCUGUCGACCUGGCCUCUGUCGUGGAAGUAAUCAUCGAGUUGAUGGCCGAUGGGACUUACGGCAGUGAUAUCAAUUUCGUGCGCUGCAUUCUGACUCAAGUAUGCGCACCGGCACUGGCCGUCUGUGAAACCGAGAAGAAAUCUAAAUCAGCCUUCACCGAAAAACUCUCGCGUCUUAUCGCGCAUUGCGUGCCUAUCCGUGGUGCAGAUGUAAUGGCCCUUUUUGAAAAGAAGAUUAACCCAUCCUACGAGUUUCUAGUGAGCAUCGUUCUCCCCUUUGCCCUGACUGUAGAAACCAGCUCCGACGUGGGGCCCGAGGGAAGAUGGUCGGAGACCGACCACCGGCAAACCUUGAAGAACGUGUGGGUGCGCCUGGUUGCGUAUGCUAUGGGAGCUUGUCGAGGGCCUCCCAAUGCAACCAAAGGCUCGGAAUCAUUGCUUUCUAGGUUACGCGGAAAACCAACGGCCUCGGAAACGCAACUUACCACCCUCGUUGUUGGACUCCAGAUAAUCAAGGUUGCCCUAGUGCGGGCGCAGGACGAACUCCAUUCAUCUCUCCCAAGCAUCUGGAUGCGGCUGGGUACCUUACUGCGGUCUUUAGUUAACGAUGGGAGCGCACGUUUCGCACUAGCGGGGGGAGAUACCUCCGUGAAUGCUUCCCCUAUGCAUUCGCCAAGGUCGAGCGGUCAAUUUGACAACGUCAAUCUGUCGAUUGUCACCGAUUUGCAUAUGAAGAGCCCGUCCCUGUAUUCAAGAGCCUUCCAGCGCCCUCGAAUGGUCGAUUAUGUUACGUGGUCUUUGUUGGAGUUCAUCUGCCUCUACCGCACCCCUCUCGUACUCCAGAUGCGUAUGUCCCUACGGGAAAAGAUGGUUGGCCUGGAGCGCGAUUUACAGGCACAGCAAGCCACGAUGCCAUCUAGCCCAGGCAACAAACGGAUAUCUUCUACGAUGUUCUCUAAACCUCGUCGACGGUUAUCCGGCUUACCAUCACCUGGAUCAUCCCCGAAGCUCAGCCCCGUAUCAUCCUCUCCUCAUUUAAUGCGGUCGCCUCAAAUAAUCACUCCCCCACCUGCCUCUCCUUCGCCAGCAACACUCGCUCCACACAUCAUUCAUUUAGGGCCUGCGGAGGUCAACGCACGCCGGCCCUUCUCUUCUCCCGGGGAAGUUAGCGAGACGGGGAGGUUAUCGUUGAAGAGCGUACGCGUCAAAUCGUUGCCGCUGAUCCAACAGACGUACAGACGAAUACGGGCUGUGCAAACAUUUAUGGGAUAUGGUCACACCUUGCUCCCAAUGCCCCGGACAAGUAAAUGGGGCGAGGACAUCGAGCCUGACGAGUCGGAAGUUAGAGUGUGGUCGACAAGGGAUGCUUUGCACGCUAUUACACAGGAGAUGAGGGAUUUGAUGGAAGAAUUCGAGGACUCGAACGAUAUUCUUGUGGAAGCGAUCUCGGAUCCUACACUCCCUCAACCUUCCAGCCCGUUUAUCCUUACUUGA